AACACUAAAUGUGAACUGACAACACGUGCAAGGAAAAGUCAAAAUAUUGUGUAUAAAAUUAUUGGCCGCUCGAGAUUGUUAAAAAUUUGAAUAGAUAGUUUUUUAAUAAGUGAAAAUGUCUCAGUUUAAAAAAUUGAACACGAAAAAAUACCUCAAAACUGGUAAAGUUGUCACACCUGAUACCAUAUACUGGAAGCAAUUGAGUGUGCCAACCCUAGUAAAGGAGUUUGGUGCAAUCGACUAUGUGGAUUUCAGUCCUAUUGAACCAUAUUAUUUUGCAGUGACUUGCUCUGUACGCGUACAAAUUUACAAUCCAAUAACAAAAUUAGUGGUAAAGAAUUUAUCACGAUUUCAAGAAACUGCUUACGGAGGAACAUUUCGACAAGAUGGUCGUUUGCUUGUGGCAGGUGAUGAACAAGGUUUGGUGAAACUUUUUGAUCCCUCUAGCAAAAAUGUGCUUCGACUGUUUAAAGGACACAAAGCCCCUGUACAUCGUGCACAGUUUACGCAAGAUUUGUUGAAUAUUGCUAGUUUUUCCGAUGAUCGUAUAGUGAAAUUAUGGGAUAUUGCGUCCGAAAAAGCUACAUUAACAUUUGCUGAGCAUGAGGACUACAUACGUGCCGGCGCAAUAAAUCCCAUGUCACCAGAUACAUUAAUAUCUGGUGGUUAUGAUGGUAAAAUAAAAAUGUACGACACUCGUACGCAACAAGUUUCAUACAGCAUAGAUCAUGGCAGUCCUGUCGAAUCAUUACUAUUUCUACCUACGGGGGGUAUUUUCAUCAGUGCAGGUGGUACAGAGAUGCGCGUUUGGGAUGCUUUUGCAGGUUGCCGACUUUUAACGAAAAUUUCACAACACCAUAAAACAAUUACAAGUUUGCGUCUUGGUUCCAAUGGCAAACGUCUACUAUCGGGAAGUUUGGAUCGUCAUGUCAAGAUUUAUGACGUUGCCACAUACCAAACGGUGCAUACCCUUGAUUUCCCAAAUGCCGUAUUAAGUCUUGGUGUAGCGCCGGACGAUCAGACGGUUGUGGCUGGCAUGGUUGAUGGUCUAAUUUCCAUACAAAACAUGGAAGUGGAUCGCAGUAAGGACGAAGUAACAAAGAGAUCAAAAAAUAAACCACAACCAUUGACUUCAAUGAAUAUUGAUCAUGAUAUCCGUGAAGGCGUACUGCCAAAAUUAAGCAAAUACGAUCAUUUGUUGCGCAAAUACGAGUAUGUAAAGUGUUUGGAUAUCGUAUUGACACCAUAUUUUGCACGUAGUAAUCCUGAAGUGACAAUUUGUGUUAUGCAAGAACUCAUACAUCGUAAAGGUCUGCAUCGUGCAAUAGCUGGACGUAGCCACGAAUUCAUCUCACGGCUUAUAUCGUUCAUAUGUCGUUUUAUUGGCGAACACCGAUUUAUGCGAGUGAUGAUUGAUGUCGGAAUGAUUUUGUUGGAUGUUUAUGCGCCGCAGUUUCACGAAUUCACUGGUGAAUUAGGCAAAGAUUUUAUCAGAUUAGCUGGUGUGCUACGCCGGGAAGUUAAAUUGACUUACGAUUUACUAGAAUUACAAGGCUGUUUAGAAUUAUUGCAAACUGCUUCGGCAAGUUCGGAUGCCGUAGAUGAGCUGAUACGAUUUGUGACGUCCGAAAAUGAUCAACUAAAGCAGUCUGCACAAGCAAAGGAGUCGUCCAUACUGACAGUAUGAAAGCCAUCAAAUAGUGUUUCUACAUAUGUAUAUUAAUGUGUGUAAAAUAAGCGCAGAAUGACUCUCAAUUUCUAAAGUUAUUCAAACAGUAAUGUAAAUAAAUAGUGAUAAGUAUUAAAAACACAAAAUUGGGUAGUUUUAUUACAAAAUUUGGUUAAUUUGUUGUUAAACCCGCGUGUUGGGUGUUACCAAAUUCGCUAUUUCCAAUUUUCACUGAAAGUUAUGCAACUCUUGCCAAGUUCUACCGAUUUUUGCACCGUUUGUUUUGAGUGGGGAAAUUUGUGACAAGUGCUACCAAUACAAGUUUUUUGUCACCAUUUCGAAUAUAUUAUUCCAAAACACCGUUGUCUGUUGUAAAUGGAGGAAAGAAAUAUACACAGUUAUAAUUGAAAUUUGGAUAAUCCGAUUUAUUUUACGUUCAUGUACUUUAACUUAAGUAAUGUUGUCGCAUUUACAUUUUUUAUUCAUGAAAUAAUUCACAUACUAUAUACUGUAAAAUAUAUUUGUAAUAUUAAUAAUAAUGCAGCUAUAUUAUUAAUGUGUGGGUAUGCAAUAUAUAAUAUAGGUAAUUAGUAAUUUUCUUCGACAUUUUAAAAUACAAUAUAUACUAAUGUAUGCAUAUAUUUAAGCACAUUACACACCAAACAUUCUUGGCAUAUCAAUGUAGUACACAAUAUACGUAGCUACCUAUGUAGUUGUACGUCCGUUAUUUUGCUGAUAUUUAACCUGAACUGAAUAGAAAUUUCGUUUAUCAUUUCAAGUAAUUUUUUUUUUUUUACAAUAUGUUAGCGUUCUUACAACUAUGCAUUUUAACAACAUUUAUUGUGAGUGUACAUACGUACAGAACUGCUUAGUGUAACUACCUACACACAAUCAUUUGUCAGCAUAUCCAUACAGCAUGUGAUUUUUUGAUGAAUAUACAAUACGACCUUAAAAAUAAUGAUUUUUUUGUAUGAUUUUAUGGUUUUUACAUUUCUUAUUGGCGCAAAUUGAAUCAAUUGAAUUUAAUCUGUAGUAAAUAUUCCAAUUACGAUUAAACUUUCUUUAUUGUAUUGCAGUUGUUGUACGUAUGUAAUUGUAGUACUUGGCAAACUCAAAAACUUGAUUAAUAUGGACACCUUAAUUGUAAUUAUUUUUAAUAGACUGUUGAGUGAGUGAGAGAUUUGAGUUUAAGUGAAAAUGAAACAACAAAAGAGAAAACUAUAAAUAGCAAGUAUAUACACACACAAUCACACGUAAAAUCACUGAUUAAAAAGACAAAAAAUAAAAAUACAAAUAACUAAAAAUUCUGCCGUGCUUUUAGCUAAAAUUUAAUAUAUAAUUUCAUUUGUUGUUAGAUCCAAACACAUUUAAAAAUUAUAUUUUUUGCAUUACAAUAAAAAUUUACGGCGUUUUUUUGCAAAUAGUUUAAGGAAAUACUUCUCAUGAGACAGUGCUUGCCUGAAUAGAAAUUUGUGGUAAUUACGUAUAGUCCACUAUGGUUAUGAAUUCUCGUUAGCAAUGCAAUAAUGUAUUUGCUUUCAUAACAAAAAAAAAAAAAAAAAAUUACAACAGCAAAAAAAAAAUAAAA